AUGACAGACUUCAUUCUUCCUCCUAUCACAUUGCUCAGAUGUGUAUACUUCCAGACAUCUAUGCGUCCAUUUUGUGCUCGCCUUUCCGAAAAUCUGUUGCAGAAUCCACCAGCAAAAAUUAUGAAUGCCGAUGGAACGAAGGAAACGGUCCUAUUUGACAGCGCUGUGUAUAGCAAAAAUAGGAACUUCCGGUUAUUUUUGUCUUCGAAACUUGGGAAAACUACAGUAUUGAAGCUGGCGCCGUACUGCGAUUUCUACGGUUCUUCAAAACCGUCAGAUCAGCAGAUUUUCUAUGACUCUCUGUGUGUUCCUGCAAACGCUCACAAAUUUCCAUUACUCGAGAUUUCGGAAGGCGAUCAGUGCGAAGUAGCUAAAUCCAGGACACUUGCAACUUCCACGUUGCGGCUGCAAGAAGGCUCAGGACGAUCUCCUUAUCCUCAGCUGGACGAGUUUAUACUGAUGGUACUGCGAAAAUGGAGUCAAUCUGUCUACAUUCGGCAGUGGAAAUUGAUGAUUAACAAUGAUGACGGACGAGUCACAGGCAUCACCUAUUAUCCUGCGAAUUGUCGGUAUUGUUUCAACAUACGGUCGAGAGCAUAA